AUGGAGGAAGAAGGGUUAUCAUUUGAGCAAUUUGACAGAAAUGUAGAAAAACCAAAUAAUAGUAAAGAAUUAGAUUCAGUUAUUUUAAAACAAACCUUAAAUACAAUUAACUCGGAUGCAGGUAUCAAGCCAAUCCCAAUUAAAAACGAAGAGUUAUCAGAAAAAGACAAAGAAUCAUUAAAAGAAAGGUUAUUUAAAAAUGAUGAUAUUUCAGAUGACGAAGAUGAAUAUAUUAAAAAUAAAAAAAAAGAAAUUGAAAAUAUAAAACCUCAUUACUCAUCAGAGGACGAGAUGAUCAAAUUUAGCAUACAGGAUUUAAAGACAUUUAUAGAGAAAUUAGAACAAUCAAAUUUAGAAUUGGCACUGGAGUUUCAAAAUGAUCCAGAUCCAGUAUACUAUGAAUCAAUUAAUGAAAAUAUUCAAGUCAUCGAAAAAAAGAAAAGGGUUUUAAAAGAUUUAGAAGAUAUUUUAGUUAAAAAAGAAGAGUCAGUUGGACAUAGAUUUUUAUUUGGGGGUUCUAGUUGCAUGGUAGCAGCAUGUGUCACUAAUCCAAUCGAUGUACUUAAAACCAGACUUCAAAUUCAUGGCGAGUUAAAUAAAAUGAACACAGGUGGUUCAGGUAGUUUUAUUGGUAGCACAAUCAAUGUAAUUAGAUCAGAGGGUAUAGCGGGAUUAUAUAAGGGUUUAACACCAUCGCUUCUCAGAGAGGGUUCAUAUUCAACAAUAAGAAUGGGAGGUUAUGAUAUAAUAAAGGGAUAUUUUAUAGAUCAAAAUGGUAAAACUAAUUUAUUGUCAAAGAUUUUGAGUGGUGGAAUUAGUGGAGCUAUAGGUGCAUCAAUUGCAAAUCCUUCAGAUUUAAUAAAAGUACGUAUGCAAGCAUCAUCAAAAGGUAUUAAAUAUAAAUCAAUUGGGGAAGCUUUUAGACAAAUCAUUACAAAGGAGGGUUGGGGAGGAUUGUAUAAAGGGGUUUGGCCAACAACACAAAGAGCAGCAUUGUUAACAGCAAGCCAAAUUCCAUCUUAUGAUCACGUUAAACAUUUGCUUUUGGACCAUGGGAUAAUUAAAGAGGAAGGUCUUAGGGCACAUGUAAUAUCAUCGAUUUUUGCAGGUUUAGUAGCUUCGAUUACAACAUCACCAGUGGAUUUGGUAAAAACAAGAAUUAUGAACCAACCAGUGGAUGCUAAUGGUAAGGGCUUGCUUUACUCAUCAUCUUUUGAUUGCUUCAAAAAAACUUAUAGAGCCGAGGGUUUUUUUGGUUUAUAUAAAGGGUUUUUGCCAAAUUGGUUUAGAAUUGGACCACAUACUAUUGUUACAUUUAUUGCAUACGAAUAUUUAAGAAAGAUUGGUGGAAUUUCACCAGUUUAA